AUGACAGGCUUUCAGGCGCGUUCUGGCAGUCCCCUUUCAUCGCCCAACACUCGGACAAUCGCGCUCCCAACAUCCCCAAUGUUUAUCUAUUCACGGCAAAUAGCGCUCGCAUGUUUCUGGGCGUCUAUUGGCCUGUAUCUCUUCACCCGAGCUCUCCUCAUGCUCAAACCAGGACCACUUGAAAGUUCCCCUCGGGGAGUGUCCCCGAUGUGGGACGUUGGGGCGUUGCCCUCCGUAUCCAUGUUCGUUGAGAACUCCAGACAUUACGGUCUUGAUUCUCCCGACGCGAACACAGAGUGGGCGGCCCUUGUUCCCUCCGAAGAUGGAGUAAUCCACAUCGGACCUGAGAAAACACCCUUCCUCCCCGCGAUCUUCCACCAGUUGAAAUGCCUCGAUAUAAUCAGACAGGCAUAUCUUACGGAAGGAACGGACGGCAACAAUUCACUCCCCCGGCACUGCCUCAAUUACCUGCGCCAGUCGCUCUUGUGUCGGACGGAUCUGAGGCUUGAACCAGUUGUGGAUCCUUUUGGGCCUCAUGCUGUCCAACCAUACGGGCGUCGUACUUGUCAAGAUUGGCGCGUAGUGUACAAGGCCUUUGAAGACCAAAUGGACUUCUAG